AUGCAUAAAAUUAAUAUAGAAGAAGAAAGUGAUAACAAAUACAAUUAUGAAGAGGAGGAAGAGGAGGAAGAUAAUAAUGAAAACAAUGACGAAGAGGAAGAGGAGGAAGGUAAUAAUGAUGAUAAUAAUAAUCAAGUGGAAGAGGAACGUAAUAACGAUGAAGAGGAACAUAAUAAUGAUGAAGAGGAACGUAAUAAUGAUGAAAAGGAACGUAAUAAUGAAGAGAAAGAAAUAGAUCAAAUCGUUGAAGCGUUAGAUGAAGACAAGAUACCGUUCUGCAAUGUAUUGUACCGAUCUGGUGAUUUUGUUUACUAUCAUGAUGAUAAUGGUCAAAAAAAACUUGGAAGAUUAAGAUCAAUUUUAAAAAAUCAUGAUGGAUAUUAUCAGUUACGAAUUCAAAAAAUUUUGGAAUAUAGUGAUUUACCCGGAAAUUUAAAAGGGUUACCAAGACAACGUCGUUCUAUUACCGGUGAAGUAUGGUUACAAGACGAACCAUUUUUAAUUAUAAUGACUUCUCAAAUUUUAGAAAAAGUAACUAUAUUGAUGAUGUUUCAACAUCAAAAUAUUCCUGAUGGUUCAUUGCGGAUUAGUGAAAUAAUUUAUAAAUGUAAUGACCGUUGGCACGUUCGUAAUGUAAAGCUUUCAUACCUACAUCCAUCUGAUUACAUUUCUAUUAGAAAUCCACCAUCAUCAUCUAUGCCAAUCUAUAAGCUGUUUUUAGAUCUUUAUUAUGAUGAUUUUGGUACAUUUAGAAAUGUAUACCAUUCUCUAGGUGGUGUUUAUGUACAGUUUGGAAAUAUGCCAGCACAUCAAAGAAAGCUAAUAAAGAACCAUUUUGUUAUUGGGUUUAUCCCAUUUGGAGGAAAAUUUGACGAAUUUAUGAUACCAUUCAUUUCAGAAAUGAAGGAAUUAGAGAAAGGAAAGGUGAUGACUGUCCAAGGACAAGAUGCAUGGAUAAUUGCUGGUUUAGGCGUUGUUACGGCAGAUUUACCUCAAGGUAACGAUAUGACAGGAGUACUAAGACAUAAUGCAAAUAAGGGUUGUCGUACUUGUAAAACUACUAAAGAAUCAUUGAGUGCUCACAAUCAGGAUAUCGUAACAACAUUACGUUAUCAUCAUAUUACAGACGAAGAAAUCUUAAAAAUUUCUUAUGAGACUAUAAUGUCAAAAAGAGAUCAACUUUGUACGGAAUAUGGUUUACGAUCAUUACCUAGUAUUUUAGAUAAAUUAAAAAGGGAAAGAUAUUUACAGAUGCUGCAAGAUGUUUAUCAUGCGACUGCAGGAAAGAUUGGACGGCUACUAAAAUUAACUUGUGAAUUAUUUUCACGAGAAGGAGAAGAUAAUUUUAUCGAAAUUUGGAAAAAUUUUGAAAUCCCAAAAAGAUGGUCUCGCUUACCAAAUCCGAUUACUCACUACAAUAGUUUUAUGAUGUCAGAUUUACUUAGAUUAGCUAUGAUUAUGCUAUUUUUGUUAAACCAGUUUUUAAAAGAAUCAAGUAUCAAACGUAAUGAAACAGCCAUGAUUCAACAAAGAAUUGAUGCAUUUCGAGUUAAUUCAGUUCCAAAAAUUAUUAUAUUUUGUUGGAUACAUGUUGCAAAAACUAUGAAAGCGGUUUUUAACAAGAAAUUUACAUCAGAUAGCUAUGAGGAAUUGCAACAAUGUUUUGAAGAAGAGUUUUCAAUCCUUCCAAAGGUUUUUGUAAAUUUUGUUAAUUUACCAAAUAUACACAUUAAUAUGCAUGCUAAAACCUUUGGAACACUUAUUAAUACCCAAGUUGGUAUAAAAGAAAUGGUCUAUCGUAUUUUUAAGGGGAUGGUACCAAAGACUAAUUGCAAAAACAUAGAUUUGGAUUUAUUAAAGCGUUACAAUACUUUAUUUGCAAUUCGAUAUUUAGCAGAUGGUGGUAUUGAUCCAAGAUUUAAUAGAUCUUGUACUGGAUUUACAAAUUCAAAUUUUGGACAGUUAUUUUUAAAUUGGUAUGUUACAGAAGAUAAAUAUUCAACUGAAGCAACUGAACAAGUUCAAGACGAUGAUGAUGAUACAAAAAUUAUAUCUCCAGUAAACUUUAUUUCCAAUAUUUCAUUAAAAAAAAGAAUGUCAAAGCAGGAACGUGAUAAACUUCUUUUAACUUUACAUAAUUUUAAAACUGAAUUGUUUUUAUCUUAUGUGUAUAUGAAGUUUGAGGCGGCACUUAUAAACUCUUCAAUUAGUUGGUACAAAUUUGCAUCAUAUAUGAUUGAAGAAGAAAAUGGUAUCCUUUCAAAACUGAAGUUCACCUACAUCUCGAUGAUUUUAUCACAAUUUAUGAAAAAGAUCAUGAAGAAUCUUAUGCAAUAAUCAAAGGUAUCUUUCAACAUAAGGGUAAUAAUAACAAAUAUUAUGCAUUUAUUAUUGUAGAUUGUUUUGAAGAUACUAUGGUUGAACAUUCAGUAUUAAAAUGUCCACUUUACCGUCUUCAAGCAACAGGAGAUAAAUGGAGACGUAUUUUUCCAAUUACUGUAAUAAAUAAUGUUCAAAAAGUACACUUUAUUCAUAAUUGUAAUUCAGAAAGGUGCCAACUACCAAAUCAUGAUACUACAAAUAGAAUUUGGAUAAAAAAUAAUUUUUAUUUUACAGCUAUAUAAUUAUAUUAAUUAUAUAAAUAUAAUAAAAUAAUUAUUUUAAUUUGUAUCGUAUAAAAUUUU